AUGAGAGCAACACAUAAUAAUCAGCCUAAAUUUAGAUUAGAGUGGAUCCCAUUUGAGGACUUUACAGAAAUAAAACAAAUUGGAAAUGGUGGUUUUAGUGAAAUCCAUACGGCCAAAUGGACAAAAGGAACAAUAGAUGGAUGGGACUGGAGAAAUAAAAGAUUCAAUCGAAAUAAAAAUAAAACGGUUGUAUUAAAAAUUCUUAAGGAUUCUCAAGAUAUUAAUUCAGCAUUCUUAAAAGAGGUAAUAAUAGAUAUGCCUUAUCUUAAUUGA